AUGAUGUCGCUGAAGGAAUUUCCUUCGCACCUUGACUCUAAGCCCCUUCACCUGACCGAAGCUCCAAGUCCCUCUGAGUGCCCCAUUCGCUUCCAAGACAUUCAGUACAACGAGGAAAGGAUCGUAUACAAUCCCAUCGGCGGAGAAGGGCGAGCAUACAGUAGAAGAGCCCAGAAAGUGGCCUUACGCGAUUCCAGAGGCUCUACCAGGCCUGCAUCCUUUGAGCCGCUAAUUCGGGAGCAGGUGAAGGGGCACAGAUGGUGGAAGAAUGUGGAGAUCGACGGAGUGAAGUACAGACAGAAGAUGGAGUUGAAGGAGAGGAAAGCGGCUAUGAAAGGGAUUGUAGACAAACUGAGAGUCAAGGCCAUAGAAGCGAAGGAACAAGAACGCAUGAAGUUGCAGGAAAGGAGAAGAAUUAAGCUAGAGAACAGAUUAUCCAACGAGAAGUAUCAGUCGGCUGUCCCAGUUGAUAACCAACCCAGCCAAGAUUGCGCGCAUGAACAGAAAAGAGCGAAAGAAGUUGAAGACCUUGCCCCCUGGUAUCCUGGCUCCCUCAAAAUCUAG